GGCUACAGAGGAGGAAAACUUUGGCAUUUACUAAAGUCUGAUCAGUUUUUUGUUUUGUGUGUGAAAUUUACUUUGAUAUUUUUGUUUCUUAAUAUUUUAUAUUAUUAAUCUAUCAGUUUGUGACUUUGUAAAAUUCAGUAUAACAAUGGGUUCUGUUGAGCAGCCCUGGCAGUAUAAUUUCCCCCCUUUCUUUACCAUCCAACCAAAUAUUGACACUCGUAAGAAACAGUUGGAGGCUUGGUGCCGACUUGUUCUUGAUAUACAAAAACAACGGAAAAGUUACUCUCUAGAUGUCAAUGAAGCUCAGAAUUCCAUUUUUAGCAAUAAAGAUAUUAAUAGGAAGCUACCACUGGACGGAAUUUACAUGGUUCUUGAUGAGCUUUGUAAGAAGGGGCAUAUUGAAUGGAAAGAUCCAAAAACAAAGAAAGAGUGUUUGGUGAUGUGGCGCACUCCGGAAGAAUGGGGUAAAUUGAUAUACAAGUACAUAUCUGACCGGAGCAUGAUAAAUACAGUUUGUACGUUGUUUGAAAUAUCAAAUGGGGAUGAAACAGAAGGUGAAGAAUUUCAUCAAUUAGAUGACUGGCUUUUAGUCAGAGCUCUUAAAUCUUUGGAAAUAGAUGGAAAGGCAGAAAUGAUGGGCACUGAAGGGGUGAAAUUCUUUUAGUUCAGCCCAGGGAAGCUUUGAAUAAUCAGCAUAAAAAUGAACGGUUGAAAAAUGUAACUAGUGGUUAUAAACAUGAUUAAAAUCUGGUAUUAAUGAAAUUGAAUGUAUUAUAAAGUGUUUGUAUUUUGUUUGCAAAGAUUUUGAUUUUUCUUUUAAGUACGAAAAACUUCUGGAAGGUGUUAUAAUAAUUCCAUAUGCUUGUUUGAUUUUUUU